AUGAAACCUGAGAACAACAAAGUGAUAAUUGGUCAAGAUCCAUGGCCAAUCAGUUCUGAAGAUUCUGUCAAGAAAUUUGAGACAAGGAUGACACCGAACCAUCUCUUCCAACUCAUCACUGAAAUCAAUAAACCAACAGAUCUUACAAAAGAGCCAGAUGCGGUAGAUUAUCGCCAACUACAAAGGCAGGCUAUCAGAGAUAUGGGAUUUGGCGCAUUGCUGGAUCUCAAAAUCAAAGAUAUUCCAACAGCCUUGUGUAAUUUUCUGGCAAGCAAUUUCCAGACUGGUGCCAGACAAGUCCCAUUGAAUGGCAACAAUGUACUGGAUAUCAAACAGGAAGAUGUUGUUGCUGUACUUGAUCUUCCUUGUGGACUCAAACCAGUGCAAGAAUUCAAACAGAAUGAUCCCGCUAUAACGGACCAUGCUGAGAUGGUGGAUGCGUUCAAGAAAAGAAUGGGAUACAGUAAUAAAUUCCUGCCAACGAGAUCCACCGCGGCACAAUUAAUUGCUAGUCGAAAAGAUUUUGGUGAUGAUUUCAAACGAGAUUUCCUCGUCUUUGUUGUGAGCACGUUCCUACAUGGAAACACCACUUCCAGGAUCACAAUGAACAUCCUGAAGUCCCUUGUGAACAUCAAUGAAGUGAAACAAUACAAUUGGUGUCAAUAUGUGAUUGAUGCACUUGUGAAAGGAUGCAAAAGUCACCACGAUGGGAAGCCAUUCACUGGACCACUCACUUUUUUCCUGGACCUUGCCGCUCUUUACGAAAAAUUCUACCAAUUGAUUAUCACGAUGAGCAAAACUGUUUUAGACAUUCGUGAGAAGGAAAUGGAGUUAAGAAUCGAACCAGAUGAACAAGCAAAGCAAACAAUCAAGAUCCUAUCAGAUGCAAUGGUGUCGAUGAGUAGAAAGAUGCCUCCGCCUUCAGGUACAACGCAACAGGAACAAGAGCAGCAGCAACACCAGCAAGACCUCCAGGAUGCACAGAUUUGUGAAUUGUGCGAGAUGGCAUGGAAGUCUGCUGAAAGCAGAUUUGCAACAAUCAUAGAACAGCUGCAACGACAAGUAGCUGACCAACAAGAACAACAGCAACACCAACAAACUGAUGACAACACUGUAGAAGCUCCAAUUAAUCUCGCAAAAUUUCAAGACAUUGAAAUUGACAAAGCACAGGGACUGGAGCAAUUGAGCCAGACAAAUGAUGAGGCUUCUAUUGCAGUGGGGAAAACUGUGCCUACUUCAAAAGAAGUGGUGGUUGAUCAACCACAAACUCAACUACAAGGGGCACAGGGACUGGAUCAAUUGAGCCAGACAAAUGAUGAGAAUUCUCUUCCAGUGGGGAAAUCCGUGCCUACUUCAAAAGAAGUGCGGGUUGAUGGAAAACAAACUCAACCAAGAGAACAUGCAACGAAUGUCUCCACGACAGAAAAGAAGAGAUCCCAUCAAGAUUCCACCGGGCGGGAUACAGCUGUGACAUCCACCUAUAGCAAAAGGUCGAGAAGCACUGGUACCAGGAAAAGGAAAGCAUUGAAAGACGCAAGUAUCCCAAGCUUUAACCUGGGUAUCUUCUCCAGUCAGGAAGACAAUUACGAGACAACCCAAGAGAAGAACACUCAAGAAGAUGUCACAGUAACGGUUGAUCUGGAUAAAGAUGUGAAUGAGACUAUAGAAGCAGAAGAAUAUCCAAAAGCUGAAGUACUUGAUGAAGGCUUAACAAAGACAGUGGAAAAGAUCCUCAAACAAAAACCUAGGAGGAGAAAUCCACCAAGAAUCCACCGGUUGCCCGAACGGUUCAGGUCGCCGUUCAUGCUGCAGAAGAAAAACAAGAAAAAAUUCAUACAGUUGACAGAGGAGAACAAGAAAAUGACUGAAGAAGAAGCCAUGUUGAUAGACUUCGCUCUCUUGCAGAGACAAGAAGAAAUUGUUAAAUCAGCGAAUUUCUUGUUUGAAUUUGAAAAAAUUGUUUGGGCAGACAGGACAGCAUUCUAUUCCAUGAGGGAAGGCACAUGGAUAGAAAACAGCAUCGUAGAUGCUUGGGCUAUCAUCCUAAACAAAGAAGAAGCUAAAAAAGAUUCCUCAAGUCGGAUAUUCUUUGGUGUUUCCGCAUUUGAUAGUAACAAAGAGGAAAUAGAGUUCACGUUCUACGAGAGGUUGGCUCUUGAACUAGAAGAACAAGGACUCAGUGUAGGAUCCCUGAUAGUGGCAAAAGCCAUCUACUUCCCAGUGCACUACAGAGAACAUUACUUCUUGUAUGUGUUGCUGGUUCAAGAGAAGAAAGUCCUCGCAUUCAACAAUCUUCAUGCAAAAGAUCUGGACUACUACAAGCCAACAAAGGAUCUACUUUUUCGGUUCUUUAAAAUGUACAUUCAAUGUGUGUUUCCAAACAUAGAACUGGUCAAUGCUCAGUUGACCUUCACAGAGGUUACGCUACCAUCUCACAACGACAAAAAGCCAAAUGCAGAAGAUUGUGGAAUAUUCACAAUGCACCACAUGGAGAAGUAUGAUGGUGGUGACUACGAGGAUGGUACUACUUUGGAUUUCCACACAGGAAACAUCAAAGAGUACCGGUGGAGAUACAUGUUAAAAAUCCUUAUGCACCCAUCCAACAAAAAUAAGGACAAAAUCCUCGAAGCAAUGCACCAGUUCUACACAAAUACUGCUGAAGAAGAACCAAAAGAAAUUCCAGAUCAUGUUGAUUUGAGCAGCAAAUCUUACUACAAUGACAAAAAAAAUCAGGGAUGGGUUAAAUGA